AUGGACUAUGCGAUACCGCGCGCUCACCUGGUGCCGGAUAUUGAAGUCCAUUCCACCGUCACCCCCUCGCCGCACAAUCCCCUGGGCGUGAAGGGCAUCGGUGAGACCGGAACCAUCGCGUCCACCGCCGCCAUCUACAGCGCCGUCAUGGACGCCCUCAAGCCCCUGGGUAUCACCGGACUGGACAUGCCGCUCACGCCUGAAAAGGUUUGGCGCGCGAUCCAGGCCAGCGAUUACGGCGGCAACGGGCACGGACAUGACCACGGCGGUCACGGCCAUGACCAUGGUCAUGGGCACAAUCACUAA